AUGGCACAUACACAAGUAUCUCGUAGAACUCAAGUAAAAAAACCUCACAGUCCAUGUGCUUUCUCUACUAGGCCUUCAGUUCCAGGUUCUGCCGAAACUCAAUCGUUGCUGAAUAAUCCGGUAUGGCGCGAUCGCUUCAAGCUUCAGUGCAUCGCCCGAAUAAAAGAAUCUCGGGACGCUGAAGUUCGGAGGAGGAGGUUUGCUGGACAUAGCGGUCCUUCGGAGAGGAGAGGAGAACCCCAAUGGAGGGGUGAAGAGAUUGCUCCUGUGGGACAAGUGUCGACCCGUUCCUUCGCCGAAGGCCAUUGUCUGGAAUAUCAUAUGGAAGCAAGUAUAGAGAGUAGAAUUCCAUUUGAGCAUGAGGAGGGCACAAUACGCGAACUGUCAACACCAGCAACCGACGAACCAUCCUCCUCUUUAUGGAACGAUGAACUGGUAGCCGCAUAUAACAGCUCAUUGGUGCAUGGGAUCAACCCCGAUGAAAUGAUGACGGAAUCUGAAUUGCCAACCGGGGUGGCCUAUGUCACGAGUCAGGCGCAGUGCAUUGUGUGUCAGCGAGCUUCGUUGAUUUUGGAAUCCAAUGCGAUAACAUGUCCUUCGUGUGGUCUGCGGAUAGACUGUCGCCCAGACACCGCUUCGAUUGAUAAUUUCAUUGCUCACGUUAGACAGCUAUGCAUCAAUCAUGAGCAGACAUGCGCUGGUCAUCCACUAUUCACCUAUGAUACUGAAACCGGACUUCUCAUUCUUUGUAGUAUUUGUGAUGCAUAUGAAACUGUCGGUUGAUGGAAGUGAUUGAUUAGAAUUUAUGUAUAUAGUGCAUGAGUAAAAUAGAUAGCCCGUAGAUGCUGGCACACAUUAAAUAUAGGAGAUGCAGGAAUGCCGCAGACGU